UCUCUCCUUCCUGGUCGCUGACCGUCCUUUACUGACCACAGGAUGAGUAUAGCGCCGCCCUCACCGCGUUUACCGCCGGCUUCCGCCCUAUAUAUAUUAAUUAACGACGGCCACUCGCACACAACACAAAGCCACAGCUCAGUUUUAUUUUAAUGUUUCUCGAUCGAUGAAAUAGAAGGAGGUCGAAGGGCGAUGGAGGGACCGGAUGCGGCGGCGGCGGCGGCGGCGGCGAGGCAUGUCAAGGAGCGGCAAUACCGGGGGAUUCGGAUGAGGAAGUGGGGGAAGUGGGUUGCGGAGAUCCGUGAGCCGAACAAGCGGUCGAGGAUAUGGCUGGGGAGCUACUGCACUCCGGUGGCAGCCGCGAAGGCCUACGACACCGCGCUGUUCUACCUCCGAGGCCGAGCCGCCCGCCUCAACUUCCCCGAGGACAUCUCCGACGACGCCGUCGGCGUGGCCGACAUGUCGGCUACGUCGAUCCGGAAGAGGGCGGCGGAGGUUGGCGCGAAGGUGGACGCGAUGCAGCUGGGCGCCUCCGUGGAGGAGGGGCGGAGGAUUAGGAAAGGGGAAAAGCGGCGGUGUAAGGGUACUCCGGAUCUGAAUCAGGAGCCGGAGCCGGAGGGCGGCGACGACGACUAGGGCGGCGGCGGCGGCGGUUCGCAAUAGGAUGACGCAUGGAUCAAGAAACAGAGGUGUCUAAACACUGUGCGAUAGCUUUGUGAAAUCUCUGCUUGUAGUUUGUUAGAUUUUGGUGGCGAAAGGAUCCAAAUUAAUGAUCAAAAUCAAAGGGAGUUUAUAUUGC